AAUUGGAAACGUAUUCCUUUGAUUUGUAACCAUUUUUCUUUUAUUAGUUCCGGUUUCUUUAUAUUGUAAAUCCUGUGUCGUUAACCCUCAUAAUUCUGCUCUAAUCUUAUCUAUUCCUACGUAUCUAAUCUUAACACUUAAUCAUGUCCGUCCGCUUUCACCUCUUUACUUAGUCAUCAAUGAAACCAUUCGAGUACUUUGGUAUCUGUUGGAAACAAGUCAAACCAUCUCUAUCUUACUUACGCUAGACAAAAAAAAAAAAAAACACUUUAAAAUAGCCAGAAAAAUUCAUUAUUAGCAAUAUCACAUAAUUUAUAUUUUCCCCAUUCGAUCGCAGGUGUGGAAAAACGUUUACAUUUCAACGCGUUUCUAUUGUAAUACAUUGCUGGGAUCGUCGAGAAGACCUUCUUCGAACGCGAGAUAUACAUAUAUCUCAGAGGAUAUUUCUGCUCGGCCGCGUCCGGGACGCGUUGUCUGUUUAUUGUCUUUUCGGUUGGACUGCGGUUCCCUUCGAACGUGGGAAUAAAGUGGCGAGCCGAGGAAGAUUUCGCGACGGCGUUUAACGUUUCGCGAUAACGUCUGUCGAUGAUGACGAGGGAACAAUUCGGAUCGACGCUUUUCGAGGAAUCGUAGGUGACGGCGUAACGCAGGAUACGGGAAAUCAAGUGGAGACAGAGAACGCAGGCGCUCUCGUAGACGUAACCAAGAGGCAGCGUUCUUCAUGCUGCUCGAUCCCAGGAGCCGUUCCCACCACGGAUCGACACCCCUGGAAUCGUUCGGAUGAGCUUCUCCAUCGACGACCAUGUCGACAAGCGUGUACGACGACUCGAGAUCGUCAUCGACGCACUCGACAGAGUUCAACGUCACCCAAAAUGACACCGCGAUCCCCGUCGACGAAAAUUCCGAGAUGAAUAUCAUCGACAUCUUGCGGCAGCAAAUUUACGACAACAUCCACAACGACACCGAUUACUUGUUGAUCGUCCUCUACGUUCUCGUCAUGGCACUCGCCGUCACGGCCAACGUCCUAGUCAUCGCGGUCGUUUUCAAGUACCACUACAUGCGCAGCGUUACUAAUUACUUCGUGGUGAACCUGUCCGUGGCGGAUCUUCUCGUGACCACGAUUUGCAUGCCCAUGGCCGUCAGCCAAGCAGUCUCGACCGUGUGGGACCAUGGAGAAGUCAUGUGCAAACUAGUCUCUUACCUCCAAGCUGUUGCCGUCGCCGCCUCGGUUUUCACCAUUACCGCGAUGAGCAUCGAUAGAUACCUGGCGAUAAGGAGUCCGAUGGCGUUUCGACGGGUCUUCAAUCGCAAGAGCACCGUCCUCGUUAUCGUCGCUCUCUGGCUGAUCGCUUUAAUCAUCUUUGCUCCAGUCCUGAAAGUGAGGACCCUCCAUAUCGCAAACCAGAGCGACAUAUUCAGGACGACGACGGGGAAUUUUUCACAGAACUUCUUGCGUCUGUACCGGUUGAUACCUCCUCAGUACGUUUGUGGGGAAGAUUUCGAGCUUCUGGGCAUCCAAGCGCGUGUUUUCGGACCUGUCUGGUUCAUGUUGGUUUACGCCAUUCCUGGUUCCGUCGUGGUAUUGGCCUACUCCAUGAUGGGUCGCACGCUGUGCUCCAGAAGACCACCGUUUGAUUGUGAUAGUGUCGAAGGAAGUGCCAGUUCGCAACAGAGCUUCCGGCUGGUACGCGAGAGAAGGCGAAUUGCUUGGAUACUGCUUCUCCUGGCUGUGCUCUUUGCUCUCUGCUGGCUACCGUACAACGUUCUAAUGCUCUUGGCCGACCUGGGUACAGUCGGUGCUGAAGGUAGUACGUUCUCGGAUGUCCACCGCUAUUUCCUCUUUCUGGGACACGCGAACAGCGCGCUGAAUCCUGUGGUGUACUGCUUCAUGACUCGCAAUUUCCGCCGAAGCGUAGCCGAAAUUCUUCGACGCGGUCCCCGCGGCCUGGCGCGUCGAAGACCACGUCGCAGAAGUGUUCAAGGAACCGCCGUGAUCGAUGACGUGUGCGCAGGGUGCAGUACCGGUGGCGGUUCGAUGAGACGAGGAUUGCUACGUAAACGAAGAAUGUUGCCUUCGUGCGGAUGCGGGCUGCCCAUAGGCGGUCACCACGCUGUUUUGGCACUGAAACGCACCACUACGUCUAGCAGCGGUUACGACAGCUUCUACAGUAGACACAGUCCUCAUCGACGGUGCUACAUGCUGCGUAGCCUCAGGAUGAAGCCUUCGACGCUCGUUGGGCAGCCAGCAAAGGCUGGCACACAACAGGAAACUUGCUACGAGAAGAACGAACACGAAGGUAGCCAACCUCGAGGGAACACCACCGUCACCACGGACGAACAACGUUGCUCCUGAGAGUGAAUCAGAAAUUUCACUGAAACAAUUAUUAUUCGAGCGAAGAAGGAUCUUUAUCGAAGAAUUCGAGGAGU